AUGGGUUGUAACACCGAGUCCAAAACCAUCGAGCCUCAAACGUCAGAACAUUGGUUUCAAGCCCUGGAUCCUAUCGACCUCUCAGAAGUAUGCAAGAACGACCUUGAGACAUGGUCAAUCGAAAAGAAGAAAGAGCCGUAUCUUACAGUCCACUACGACAACACACCAUGUCCCAUGUCAGAUACCAUCCCUUUCUCAGCAGAAAAGCGGAUCCGAGACUCGAUAUGUAUCUACAUGGAGCGCCUGGCAGAAGGACAUCACCAUGUUCAUCGAGUGCCCAAGAUGUUGUCAAAGCUCACCAGAAUCAACUCGACAAGUUUCUGUGGCACCGCGCCCUCGACAAAACAACUUUCUCACGAGUUGAAGGCCUACAGACAGAAGUUGGAUGACAAGCGCACUGAGUUGACAUGCGAAAAACUCUUGAACUUGGAAAAGGAGUUGAGCGCUACGGCCGAAAUUGUCCAACAAAAGUUGAGAGCCCAUGAAAGCGCUACAAGCGAAGAGGCUUCAAGUCCAUCCAGCAAACACAGCCUGACCUCACGGGCAAGCGAUCUCUCCAAAAAGGUCGCAAAAAGGNUCUCACGAAGCUUCCGCGACUCUAUGCUCUGCACCGCAUCAGAACACAACACCGCUCUUUGUCCGAGAACCAUCUCAAGAUCAAGCUGGACUUCCACCACAUCAAGACUAGCCGACAAGGUCCGCACCCUCGUCGACAAACAACACACACCCAGAAACUCCAUCAAAUCUACCACCGCGGAUCAGGAAGUCACACCAGAAUCUUCAGUGAUCUUCAACCCCGUCAUCUGGAAACUGUCUCCAGGUCGCAAAACCGCAUCCCUGAGAAGAACCCUCAAAAAGCCAUCCAUCUCAUCUCUCAAACCCGCUCUCAAGAGAAGAUCAACCACAUCAUCACCACCUUCGCCAGCAUCAAUACCACGAUCUUCUAUCGGGUAUACUCAGGACGAACCAUUCGAGCGACGCGAAUGGGUGCCCAGCGAAAAUACCUCGCCCCGGCACAGUAUGAUACGCGAUGGCCCUUCAGACUGCCAAAAGACCGAAAGAGGGUAUGCCGAGUACCACAGCGAGCAUUCUGGCUGGACUUUCAAAAGGACCUCGACCGAAACCACAGACUCCGCGGAUGAACGACCUUUGGGAUGGGAUCUUCGCAAAGUCUCUGCUGCAACUUCAACUUCGAAAUACAGUAGAUCCAUAUCUGGAUAA